CCAGAAUCAAAAGUGAAACUAAACUGAUAGGCUACCCGCCGCACCCACAGUGAAUAUAUUUGUUAUUCGCCAGUUGCCAGUUUAAGUUGUUAAGGCAGUAUGGCAGAAGCAUACGCAUUUGCGCUGCUUGUUGAGUUGAAGGGGAAUCCCAAUAUUCCCAAACUGAAAAACAAGUUGGUAAAAUAUUUCCAAAGUAAAAAGUCUAAUGGUGGUGAUUGUCUCGUGGAAUACGAAGAUGGACAAGAAGCAGUAGUGCGGUUCAAAACUGAGGAGGGUAAGUUAUAGCAAUUGCAAAUGCUUCUUUUAUUAAAUGGCCUGUAUCACUUAACGUUAUUGGUUAGACAUUACAUUCAACCAAUGUUAGGGACAGAUCGAAAUGUACUUGUGCAUAACCUCCCCCUCAUAGAAUUAACUCAAAAUAAUGUUUACAACCACAAAUAAUAACUGUAGCGACCCUGUGUUUAUAAACGUGGAUAUUGACUUUUACACUUCAGCGUUCUUUUGUGGCACAGUCGAUUCCACGCAGGGCUACGGGUUCGCCGAAAACCAUGGACUAGCUCACGCUCCCUGCCCUUUUCAUUACACAAUGAUAAGAGUCAGCUACCGACAAUGAUCAGCUAUGGGGAAAUAAGAUUUUCAACAUUUUGAUGCUGUAUUUUUGUAUUGUAUAAAAUAUAUGCAACGAAUUUUCCACCAACAGGUUUCUGUGCCAAUGCACCACACAACCAAUAGCUUCAAUAUCACAGGAGGUUGGUGGCACCUUUAUUGGGGAGGACGGGCUCAUGGUAAUGGCUGGAGCGGAAUCGAUGGAAUGGUAUCAAAUACAUCAAACACAUUAACUCCGUUCCAGCCAUUAUUAUGAGCCGUCCUCCCCUCAGCAGCCUCCAUUGUUCAAUAUCAUGGUUUGCGUUUUCAUUUUCAACACCACAAUGAAAUAGACCAGGGUUCCCCAACUGGCAGCCCGUGAGCCGAAUUUGGCCUGCGGGUUGUUUUAUUUGGCCCCCCCAUGUUUUCUGAGGCAGAAAAAUAAAAAUAUAUUUGUAAUUUUCAUUGUUGGACAUAAAAAAAAAUAAUACACCAGGAAAUCAGCUCCAAGGGAUUUUAAUUUGGGAAAUCUGUUCCCAAGUAUUUCCACGUAUAAUAGAGAGACACGUGAUCAUACACAAAUGUAAGCAAGGUUUGAAAUUAUUAUGUUUUAGUCAAAUAUUAUAUCUGUUUGGGCUUCUUGUGGUCAAUUUGUCUCCAGUCUACAAAUUAUUUGUAAUUAUGUUCCAGCCCCCGACCAUCCACUCAAGAAAAAAAUCGUUAUUCAAGUGACAUUUUCACUGCAGCAUAGAGUAGAAUAUUGUACUCAAUUGAGAGCAAAUAUUCAUUACAUUGUGGUGUUGUAGGCUAAACAAGAUCUCUAAACAAGAUCCCUAAACAAGAUCCCUAAACAAGAUCAAUAGGGGAGCUUUUCAUGCCUAUCAGCUAUUCCUCUUUGUUAUGUGGAUUUAUAUUGAAAAUUGGUGCAGCUUUGAAUGUGUGGUAUGAUUGCUAGUUAGCCUAUUGCAGAUCUGGACAAUCCACCUACCAUUAUUGUCACUAUGAAUGGUGGAUAGAGGGCAGGAUAGUCAGACUGGUAGACGAUAUUGACCUGUGGUAUAGUAACAGUUAGCGUGCGAAAAAGCGUAGUGAAUAAGGGAAGUACCAUAACACCUUGAUGUAGGGGAGGCGCAUGCAAGCAGAUGAGGAAAUCUGGCGAGGAUGGAAGAAAUUAUAUAGUAAAACCUGCAAAAGGGCGAAUGUAAACCAGGCCAAAAACAGAGUACCCUCCCCUAUGCCCAAUAAAAAACCACACAACCCUCCCCAAAGUAAAGAAAAAAGCACCCUUCCCCUUAUUUUGGACCCCCUCCCCAGUAAAUGAUGAACUGUCCCUUACAUUGUUAUUACAUUGUUAAUUUACAUUGUCACAAAUCCCCUGUAUUCAUGGCUGAAUGUGUUUUGAACAUUGCGUCAGUAGUAGCGGUUCUUUUCUGUCCCAUGCACAGUCAGGCAGAGAGUUCUUGAGAAGCAGGAUCACGAGAUCAGGUUGGAUCGAGGGGUGCUGAAACUGACCAUUGGUCUGCCAUCAGAUGAGGUCACAAAGAGUGCACAGGUCAGUAGUGUCCUGAUUAUGUGAAACAUAGGCUAUUCCUCCCUCUUACAGCCAGAUGGUGCAGAUGCACCACCAGUUCCCUAUUUUUCCCCGCUGAGUCUUUUUUUCUGUAUGUUUCACAGAUUUAACAGGGACAAUUUUAUAGCCAAUCAUGUGACUAUGUUGGCCAAUCUCAAUGCUCUACCAAAACAUGACUUUACAAAACAGGCAACAGUUUGUAACAUAAUAAAUAACACAAUCUUUUUUGUUUGUUUAGGAAACACAGUCUCCUAUCACCUCAGGCAAGUACAAAACAUUGUAUCUUUUGAUAGUUGUUUGUCAGCUAAACAAGCAGGCAAUAUUAUACACUCAUAUUAAACUAUUCAACAUGCCUUACUAUGCAAACAUUUGUGUUAUUACAAGAAAUUGUGGUAUUAUAAGAUGUUACAUAUACACUGAGUGUACAAAACAUUAAGAACACCUGCUCUUUCCAUGACAUAGACUGACCAGGUGAAUCCAGGUGAAAGCUAUGAUCCCUUAUUGAUGUCACUUGUUAAAUCCACUUCAAUCAGUGUAGAUGAAGGGGAGGAGACCGGUUAAAGAAGGAUUUUUAAGCCUUGAGACAAUUGAGACUUGGAUUGUGUAUGUGUGCCAUUCAGAGGGUGAAUGGGCAAGACAAAAGAUUUAAGUGCCUUUGAACAGGGUAUGGUAGUAGGUGCCAGACGUACCGGUUUGUGUCAAGAACUGCAACGCUGCUGGGUUUUUCACGCUCAACAGUUUCCCAUGUGUAUCAAGAAUGGUCCACGACCAAAAGGACAUCAGCCAACUUGACACAACUGUGGGAAGCAUUGGAGCCAACAUGGGCCAGCAUCCCUGUGGAAUGCUUUAGACACCUUGUAUAGUCCAUGCCCCGACGAAUUUAGGCUGUUCUGAGGGCAAAAGGGGGGGGGUGCGAAUAUUAGGAAGGUAUUCUUUAUGUUUUAUAUACUCAGUGCAUGUUCUUACAUGCUUACAUGUUAUAAAGCAUAACACCUGCAGGCUUUAAGUAAAGUGAUACCCACAAUUCAGCAGGUAAUAGGGAGCCAAUUGACAGCCAGCUCAUGGCAUCAGCUAAGAGGAAGGCAGAGGCUGAUGCUCCUCAGCAGGAAUUACUAGGCUUCAAAAAGCAAGCUGUUGGUUAGUAGGUUUAUGUUAAACCUCAAAUAAAUCAGAUCCCAGUAUUUCUGGAGGGUUGUGGGGGAUUCCUAUUGGUUUGCAUCUGAAGACCAGAUUGUGGUCAGAAUGAAUUUUUUUCGUUUAUUGGGCUGUUCGCAAUAAGAACAUUUGAAAGGGUUAAAUGGGUCCCAGUACAACGUUUUGGGAACCACUAGUGUAUGUGAAAGGAAUGUUUUCUAGAAUUAUACAUAAAAGUAUAUAAUGGUUAACUAUACAACACAAAAGUUUGCAUUCUAUAUCAUGGUUAAGUUAACAUACUAUAACUGAUUUGGCUAAGCAGUGGUUAAUAAUACAUUGAGAAAGUUGUAGUACAGUUGUUGUAGUAGAAUUCAACAAAGUAGUUGUAGUCACCUCCAAAAAUACAUGGUCUUAUCAUUCUCAGCUGCUACUGAUUCAAAAGACUUACCUAAGAGUGGGGAUGGAGAUGGACACACUCCCCUUACUGAGCCACAGACAGAGAUGGAGAUUGAACCGAUGGAAGUCGAGGAAAAGCUGGUAUCCACCUCAGCCGUGUUGGGGAACAUUGAGGAGAGCAUGAACAAGGAGUUCCUGGAGAUGCUGAUAGAGAACAUCCUGAGUGCGUAUAACACCUCUGGUUCUGACUCUCCUACUGCAACACAAACCUUCAGUCUGGAGAUCCUGCCACCUGUCCUAGACACCGGCCUGGCUGUGGUGACUUUCCAAAAUGGAAAAGGUAAAAAAUAAUAAUUUGUUGUUUUUCCAUCUUAAAGAUAGAAUCACCAUUAUGACAUUGCCAUGAGCAGCACCACAGAUAUUGCGAUGAGGGCGAUGCAAGACUUUGCUCUCACACAUUCACAUAGAGUAUGUGCGCAUGUGCACAGGUUUGGUUCACGCUGCUACAACAUGGAAGCUACGAGACUAAAACAGCUGAGAAGUUUUGCCUCGCUCUUCAACGCUCUUAGUUGUUGCGGAAAUUAACCCACUACUGCUGUUUACUUUGUGCAUCUACACCAUCCCGCUGAGUCUACCUUUAAUAUCAUUUACUGUUUGUAAAUCUUCUGCUAAAUGACUCACAUGUAAAUACAAUUUUGAGAGGUGUAGAAUUCUAUCCUUUACAUACAAGUCACCAAAGACACAGAAUAUUUACUGAAUGUUAUGACUUAUAGCAUCUCUUGUAAACAAGAACAUAUCUCAACAACAUACUCUACUACUUCUCUUAUUUGUCAGAGACUGAGAACUUCAUCACCAACUGCAACAGCAACAGGAUGUUCAGACAGAAACAACUAUCUGUUAAACUCCUGGAACUCACCACAAAAGUGAAAGUUGAAAACAUAAAUCCAAAUGUUAGUUCAGACCACCUCCAACUGUUAUUUGGAAAAGGGGGCGAGGAAGUGGAAGACGCUGAAAUGAAUGAAGAGGACCAAUCAGCAAUCCUCACCUUUCAAGAUCCUAAAGGUAAAAACAGUACUAAGGGACAGCAGAACGAUUUUUCAUAGGGGGUGCAGGGGGAAAAAAUGUACGCCUUAUUUAGGUAUGUUUCUGCUAAUAAUGAUUUACUAUUUGUUACUCAACUUGUCUAUAAUUAGAUAGGCUACAUGCAGCUUCUCUUCUGUCAUAACUUGUUGCCCUAGAAGACUAACUAAAUCGGUACCUACAAGAAUACAUUUCAUGAAUCGAUAGAAUUAAUAUAUCAAUACUCUAGUUGACAUCGAUAAAGUAGUUGUCUCUCUUCCGUUUCUGCUUCUCGAGUAGCGAUGACUUUUAGGGACGAAAAUCUAACACAGGAAGGAUUCCUGAUUCCAGAAAUGUUCACCUCUUUUAAGGAAAUUAAGGCUGUGAACGAUCUAACUUGUUUCAGAUUUCAGUUUGUCUUGGAUGCAUAAUGUUAGUUGAUGAAAUAUUGUCAGAUUUGAUAAAAGUCAAAAUCGCUGCAAACAAUUUCACGUUUACACGCACGUGCAUUCAGAUGCUGAAAAAAAUUACUCAUAUUUCUCCCUCCUGUUCCUGAGAUAAAACGAACUGUUGGUGUGUCAUUUUACUGCAAUAAAUACUUAAUUCUCCAUUAGUUCAUUCUAUAUCUGGCUAUAUGUGAGAAGUUAGGUCUACAGUCAGUGUCCAGAUUUCAGUUACUAUUCCAUUAACACAUCUCAGGUUCUAAGGUGCAGUAGAGCACUGGGGCUACUUCUACUUCCUUGGUACUACAUAGUUAUGUUAUAUAUGUUAUGACAAAAUGAGGUUUCAAAAUGGAUGAGUAAUAAUCUAAUAUUUGGUGUGUUUUUUAUUAGCUGUUCACAGAGUCCUAGAGAAGACACAUUACAUCGAGAAGCAGCCUCUCAAGGCUUUCCCCUUCUAUGAUUCUCUGGGAACGGCCUUGUACGGCAAAGACAGACCCACAUUGAAACUCCCUUCUGCCUUCACCGUAAACAUCGACCAGGCCAUUUGGAGAUACCUGUGUGACAACCAGGAAGCUGCAGAGACCAUCCACAAGGAAAUGACCGAACACUUCUGCAAAGUAAACUUCCAACAACCUACCAUCAAGUUAAGCCCGCUGCCAUCUCUACUCAAACAGAAGGGUGUGAAACCCAAGCACUUACAACAAUGGAAGGACACCACCAAAGUUGCCUUAAUCCAAGCCUUGUCUAACUUCAAAUCGUUGGAGCUCCAGGUUCAGGACACUGCAUGGGAAGAGUCUAAAGGGGAGAUCCUCAAGGUGGUGUCCGGGGAGGCUGUGAUGGUAGUCCAUGAUGAGGCCAGAGGUGUUCUGGCAGUGGUGGGAUUGGUAGAAGAUGUGGACCGGCUCAGGCAGACACUGGAUGGGAUCAUGGACAGGAUUACUAGAAGAAUCGAGAGGGAGAAGACAAGCAUAACAGAGGAGUUCCCCCUGGUUCCAUCUAUCUACCAUGUACUGUUGCAAGAUGGCCUGCUGGACAAGAUUGUCGGUGAAUUCCCAGAGUUGAAGCUGACGUAUAAUCAAGAGAGCCAGAGUGUGACCAUCUACGGGUUGAUGCAAGAGGUGUUGGGUGCUAACAGAAAGCUUGCAGGUCAAGUAGUAGCCCUGAAACGAAGGCUGGUGGAAUUGGACGACUACGUCCUUGAGUUCCUGCAGGAGGAAAACCAGGAAAAGCUAACCAGUUCCCUUCUCACCUUACAGAGCAUCAAUGCAGCGCUAGAAAUAGAGAGAAAAGGAGUGCAGAUUCUGGCUGUCUCUGAGGAGGCCCUGAGCGAAGCAGAACAUCAAUUGGAUACACUUUUGAUUUCUCAAUACAUAGAUGUAGAAGACUCCAAUCUCCUGAGGAUGUCCGAGUGGAAGGAUGUUGUCAACCGUUUGGAGGAAGCUUCAAACACUCCUUUCAGGAAAGUUAUGGUCCAGACAUCAGGUGCCUAUUCAGGACAACAAGUGGUAGUGUCUGGCUACAAGGAAACUGUUCUCUUAGUCCGGAAUGAACUGGAUGAUUUCUUACACCAAAACGCUCAUGUUGAUGAAACUAUCGAAGUGAAGCCUGAGGCUAUUGGUAAAUUCAUCCAGGAACAACACAGGGAUGCUUGGUCUGAUAGAGUCAGAGAUAGUGGAGUUAAAGUUUCUUUCAAUGAUGAGGCUAUUUACCUGAGUGGCACCAGAGUUCAUGUAACAGAUUGCAAGGCAUUAUUCGAAAACUUGGUAUCCUCCACAUUCUUUGACGCCUUAAGAGUGUCCAAGCCUGGAGCGAAGAAGUUCUUCCAGGACAAUGAGCCCAUGUAUGUUGCCACAGUCAUGAGUCAGACAGGCUGUGUGGUCCAGCUGGUUGAGGAAGAGUAUGAUGCCAAUGGCAGACAAGGCAUAAAGCUAGCAGGAGGAGGAAUGAAGCCUAUCUACCAGCUUCAAACACCUGAUGGGGUGGAGAUAGCCGUUUGCAAAGCAGACAUAUGCAAAUAUUCUGUAGACGCUGUUGUCAAUGCCGCCGCCCUGGACCUGAAGCACAGUGGAGGUCUUGCAGGAGCUCUUCUGGAUACUGCUGGCCCUCAACUGCAGGAUGAGUGCAACCAGAUAAUCAAGAACAAGGGUCAGCUCAAGCCAGGGGACAGUGUUAUCACUGGUGCAGGAGGGAAGCUCCGCUGCAAGCACAUCAUUCAUGCAGUGGGACCCAGGUUUGACAAGGCAAACCCCCAGAAGGCCAUGGGACAGUUGAGGAGGGCGGUGAAAGGGAGUCUGGAUCUAGCAGAGACCCACAACUGCCUGUAUGUGGCUCUUCCUGCUAUUAGCUCCGGGAAUCUAGGCUUUCCUCUGACCCUGUGUGCAGAAACCAUUGUCAAAGCGGUUAAAGAACACUGUGACGACAAGUUUGGGGACAACACUCUGAAGAAGAUCCAUCUGGUGAACAAUGAUGACAAGACGGUCCAGGCUAUGGAGGCAGCGGUGCUGAAGGUGUUUGGGAGCCAUGGGACUAGUCAUCCACGAGAGAAUCGACCCACCAUAGCUACACACAGCCAGCCUGGUCGUCGGACUCAACUCACAAGCGGUUCUGACAGAGUGCAGACCAAAGAGGGGCUGGCUAUUGUCCUGAUGAAAGGGAAUAUCCAAGAUGCUGUGGUAAAUUGUUUCCAAUGUUACUUUGGCUCCCUUUGAUUGUAUAAAUCUCAAUAGUCUUAGUGAAAAAUGUCUUAGAUUUCAUGAAGAUAAAAUCAGAAGAGCCAAUAAUUUUGUGUAGUCAGACAUUAACCCUUUUGGUGUUGAGGUACCAUAUACAAGUUGUAAUUGAAUGACAACCCAGUUUCUAAUCAGUUACAUGCAACUUGAAGAUUUUCAUAGAUCUGUUUCAAGUUUAUUUGUCAUGUGUAAACAAAUACAUUUGAAGUUUAACUCUUAAAUGAUCUUACUGUUACAGACUGAAGUUGUGGUCAACACCGUGGGUGAUGACCUAGCACUUAACCAUGGUGCAGUCUCCAACGCCAUCCUCGCCGCUGCUGGCCCCCAACUUCAGACUCUGGUAAACCAACAGGGCAGUGCCGGAAGGGCUGGGGAAGUCAUCAUCACCACUGGCUGCAACCUGAAGAGCAAGCGGGUGUUUCAUACCAUCGCCCCUCACUGGGACAAUGGACAAGGAGCACCACAGAAGGUAGAUUGUGUUGUUCCAUAUCUAAGGAUAUAUAGUUUCAUUUGUUGUGUAUUUGUACUGUAUUUGUUGUGUACAGUGCAUUUGGAAAGUAUUCAGACCCCUUCCCUUCUUCCACAUUUUGUUACGUUACAGCCUUAUUCUAAAAUUGCUUAAACAAUACCCCAUAAUGACAAAGCUAAAACAGGUUUUUAUACAUUUUUACAAAUUUAUAAAAAAUAGAAAACAGAAAUACCUUAUUUACAUAAGUAUUCAGACCCUUUGCUAUGAAACUCGAGCUCAGGUGCAUCCUGUUUCCAUUGAUCAUCCUUGAGAUGUUUCUACAACUUGAUUGGAGUCCACCUGUGUUCAAUUCAAUUGAUUGGACAUGAUUUGGAAAGGCACACAUCUGUCUAUAUAAGGUCCCACAGUUGUCAGUGCAUGUCAGAGCAAAAAGCAAGCCAUGAGGUCGAAGGAAUUGUCCGUAGAGCUCUGAGACAGGAUUGUGUUGAGGUACAUAUCUGGGGAAGGGUACCAAAAUAAUUCUGCAUCAUUGAAGGUUCCCAUGAACACAGUGGCCUCCAUCAUUCUUAAAUGGAAGAAGUGUGGAGCUACCAAGACUCUUCCUAGAGCUGGCCGCCCGGCCAAACUGAGCAAUUGGGGGUGAAGGGCCUUGGUCAGGGAGGUGACCAAGAACCCGAUGGUCACUCUGACAGAGCUCCAGAGUUCCUCUGUGGAGAUGGAAGAACCUUCCAGAAGGACAACCAUCUCUGCAGCACUCCACAAAUCAGGCCUUUAUGGUAGAGUGGCCAGACGGAAGCCACUCCUCAGUAAAAGGCACGACAGCCCACUUGGAGUUUGCCAAAAGGCACCUAAAGGACUCUCAGACCAUGAGAAACAAGAUUCUCUGGUCUGAUGAAACCAAGAUGAAACUCUUUGGCCUGAAUGCCAAGCGUCACGUCUGGAGGAAACCUGGCACCAUCCCUACAGUGAAGCAUGAUGAUGGCAGCAUCAUGCUGUGGGGAUGUUUUUCAGUGGCAGGGACUGGGAGACUAGUCAGGAUUUAGGGAAAGAUGAAUGGAGCAAAGUACAGAGAGAUCGUUGAUGAAAACCUGCUCCAGAGCGCUCAGGACCUCAGACUGGGGUGAAGGUUCACCUUCCAACAGGACACCCUAAGCACACAGCCAAGACAACGCAGGAGUGGCUUGGGGACAAGUCUCUGAAUGUCCUUGAGUGGCCCAGCCAGAACCCGGACUUUAACCCGAUCGAUGGGGAGACCUGAAAAUAGCUGUGCAGCGACGCUCCCCAUCCAACCUGACAGAGCUUGAGAGGAUCUGCAGAGAAGAAUGGGAGAAACUCCCCCAAAAAUGGUUUGCCAUGCUUGUAGCGUCAUACCCAAGAAGACUCAAGGCUGUAAUCGCUGCCAAAGGUGCUUCAACAAAGUAUUGAGUAAAGGGUCUGAAUACUUAUGUAAAUGUGAUGUUACAGUUUUAUUUUAUUUUAUACAUUUGCCCCCAAAAAAACACAACUGUUUUUGCUUUGUCAUUAUGGGGUAUUGUGUGUAGAUUGAUGAGGGGAGGAAAAAACAAUUUAAUCCAUUUUAGAAUAAGGCUGUAAUGUAAAAAAUUUGGAGAAAGUCAAUGGGUCUGAAUACUUUCCAAAUGCACUGUAUAUAAAAUGUCUACUCAAUGUAAAAAAUGUAAUGUCCGACACUUGAUAAAAUGAACUAUCCCUAGGUACGAUAUACUAGGUCAGGGCUCUCCAACCCUGUUCAUGGAGAGUUUUCACUCCAUCCUCAGUUGUAGCUAACCUGAUACAGGUCAUCAACCAGCUAAUUAUAACAGGUGCGCUAGAUAAGGGUUGGAGUGAAAACCUACAGGUUGGUAGCUCUCCAGGAACAGGGUUGGAGUGCCCUGUACUACAUAGUAUAAAACCAUGUGUCUUACUGAUGUGUCUAACUGACAUGUACCUAGAUAUUGAGCGGGAUCGUGAAAGAGUGCUUGGGUGAGGCAGAGCAGCAGGGACUCAUCUCGAUGACCUUCCCUGCCAUCGGCACGGGAAACCUGGGCUUCCCCAAAGACCUGGUGGCCUCUCUGAUGCUGGAUGAAGUCCUCAAGUUUAGCAGUAAGAAGAACCCCAAGCACCUGAAGGAGGUGGUCUUCAUCCUCCACCCAGGUGAUGCACCGACGAUCCAGGUAAGGAAAAGAGUUCGAUAAAACUACUGUCAAAUGUAAAACCCUUUUCUGAUUCAAGGUGCAAUUAGUUUCAAGGUUUGUAAGUUUACCUCUUUUAAUCGCUUCUAACUUUGCUCACAGGCUUUCACUGAUGAAUUUAACAAAAGGUUUACUACACAGUCGGGAAUGUCAAGGGGCUCAGCAGCAUCCAGUCAACAGAGUAAAGGUAUGUUCAUAAUAAUAUUAAUAUAUGCCAUUGAAAUAUGUUAAUAAUUUAAAUAUUUAGCAGACACUUUUAUCCAAAGCGACUUACGGUCAUGCGGGCAUGCGUUUUAUGAAUGGGUAGUCCUGGGAAUUGAACACACUAUCUUGGCUAUCUUGCUCUACCAACUGAGCUAUGGAGGACUACGUGAUUCAUAUAUCUAUAUUUUGACAAAUUAUGGUUUCCUACUUUAGCUUCUGAUGCAGUUACUUGUUUCCCAUAUUACUGCCGGGGGGCGAAAUGGGUGCGUCCCUUUGAUAUUUGAAGUAGAAAUUAUGCAUCAAUAUUGAAUUUUAAAUGCCUAUUAUAAUAAUUGAGGUGCACUUUAAUAUAGACCACAUGGAAAAUUCAAUAAAUAAAAUAAUGGACCAUUCCACCAAGCAGGUGACAUGUUUGGGUCUUCUGAACUGAAUGGUGGAAAGGGAAGUACAGUGAGGGAAUAAAGUAUUUGAUCCCCUGCUGAUUUUGUAUGUUUGCCCACUGACAAAGAAAUGAUCAGUCUAUAAUUUUAAUGGUAGGUUUAUUUGAACAGUGAGAGACAGAAGAACAACAAAAAAAUCCAGAAAAACGCAUGUCAGAAAUGUUAUAAAUUGAUGAGGGAAAUAAGUAUUUGACCCCCUCUCAAUCAGAAAGAUUUCUGGCUCCCAGGUGUCUUUUAUACAGGUAACGAGCCGAGAUUAGGAGCACACUCUUAAAGGGAGUGCUCCUAAUCUCAGUUUGUCACCUGUAUAAAAGACACCUGUCCACAGAAUCAAUCAAUCAAUCAGAUUCCAAACUCUCCACCAUGGCCAAGACCAAAGAAGCUCUCCAAGGAUGUCAGGGACAAGAUUGUAGACCUACACAAGGCUGGAAUGGGCUACAAGACCAUCGCCAAGCAGCUUGGUGAGAAGGUGACAACAGUUGGUGCAAUUAUUCGCAAAUGGAAGAAACACAAAAGGACUGUCAGUCUCUCUCUGCCUGGGGCUCCAUGCAAGAUCUCACCUCGUGGAGUUGCAAUGAUCAUGAGAAUGGUGAGGAAUCAGCCCAGAACUACACAGGAGGAUCUUGUCAAUGAUCUCAAGGCAGCUGGGACCAUAGUCACCAAGAAAACAAUUGGUAACACACUACGCCGUGAAGGACUGAAAUCCUGCAGCGCCCGCAAGGUCCUCCUGCUCAAGAAAGCACAUAUACAGGGCCGUCUGAAGUUUGCCAAUGAACAUCUGAAUGAUUCAGAGGAGAACUGGGUGAAAGUGUUGUGGUCAGAUGAGACCAAAAUCAAGCUCUUUGGCAUCAACUCAACUCGCUGUGUUUAGAGGAGGAGGAAUGCUGCCUAUGACCCCAAGAACACCAUCCCCACUGUCAAACAUGGAGGUGGAAACAUUAUGCUUUGGGGGUGUUUUUCUGCUAAGGGGACAGGACAACUUCACCGCAUCAAAGGGAUGAUGGACGGGGCCAUGGACCGUCAAAUCUUGGGUGAGAACCUCCUUCCCUCAGCCAGGGCAUUGAAAAUGGGUCGUGGAUGGGUAUUUCAGCAUGACAAUGACCCAAAACACACGGCCAAGGCAACAAAGGAGUGGCUCAAGAAGAAGCACAUUAAGGUCCUGGAGUGGCCUAGCCAGUCUCCAGACCUUAAUCCCAUAGGAAAUCUGUGGAGGGAGCUGAAGGUUCGAGUUGCCAAACGUCAGCCUCGAAACCUUAAUGACUUGGAGAAGAUCUGCAAAGAGGAGUGGAACAAAAUCCUUCCUGAGAUGUGUGCAAACCUGGUGGCAAACUACAAGAAACGUCUGACCUCUGUGAUUGCCAACAAGGGUUUUGCCACCAAGUACUGUUUUGCAGAGGGGUCAAAUACAGUGGGGAAAAAAAGUAUUUAGUCAGCCACCAAUUGUGCAAGUUCUCCCACUUAAAAAGAUGAGAGAGGCCUAUAAUUUUCAUCAUAGGUACACGUCAACUAUGACAGACAAAUUGAGAAAAAAAAUCCAGAAAAUCACAUUGUAGGAUUUUUAAUGAAUUUAUUUGCAAAUUAUGGUGGAAAAUAAGUAUUUGGUCAACUACAAACAAGCAAGAUUUCUGGCUCUCACAGACCUGUAACUUAUUCUUUAAGAGGCUCCUCUGUCCUCCACUCGUUACCUGUAUUAAUGGCACCUGUUUGAACUUGUUAUCAGUAUAAAAGACACCUGUCCACAACCUCAAACAGUCACACUCCAAACUCCACUAUGGCCAAGACCAAAGAGCUGUCAAAGGACGCCAGAAACAAAAUUGUAGACCUGCACCAGGCUGGGAAGACUGAAUCUGCAAUAGGUAAGCAGCUUGGUUUGAAGAAAUCAACUGUGGGAGCAAUUAUUGGGAAAUGGAAGACAUACAAGGCCACUGAUAAUCUCCCUCGAUCUGGGGCUCCACGCAAGAUCUCACCCCGUGGGGUCAAAAUGAUCACAAGAACGGUGAGCAAAAAUCCCAGAACCACACGGUGAAUGACCUGCAGAGAGCUGGGACCAAAGUAACAAAGCCUACCAUCAGUAACACACUACGCCGCCAGGGACUCAAAUCCUGCAGAGCCAGACGUGUCGCCCUGCUUAAGCCAGUACAUGUCCACGCCCGUCUGAAGUUUGCUAGAGUGCAUUUGGAUGAUCCAGAAGAGGAUUGGGAGAAUGUCAUGUGGUCAGAUGAAACCAAAAUAGAACUUUUUGGUAAAAACUCAACUCGUCGUGUUUGGAGGACAAAGAAUGCUGAGUUGCAUCCAAAGAACACCAUACCUACUGUGAAGCAUGGGGGUGGAAACAUCAUGCUUUGGGGCUGUUUUUCUGCAAAGGGACCAGGACGACUGAUCUGUGUAAAGGAAAGAAUGAAUGGGGCCAUGUAUCGUGAGAUUUUGAGUGAAAACCUCCUUCCAUCAGCAAGGGCAUUGAAGAUGAAACGUGGCUGGGUCUUUCAGCAGGACAAUGAUCCCAAACACACCGCCCGGGCAACGAAGGAGUGGCUUCGUAAGAAGCAUUUCAAGGUCCUGGAGUGGCCUAGCCAGUCUCCAGAUCUCAACCCCAUAGAAAAUCUUUGGAGGGAGUUGAAAGUCCGUGUUGCCCAGCGACAGCCCCAAAACAUCACUGCUCUAGAGGAGAUCUGCAUGGAGGAAUGGGCCAAAAUACCAGCAACAGUGUGUGAAAACCUUGUGAAGACAUACAGAAAACGUUUGACCUGUGUCAUUGCCAACAAAGGGUAUAUAACAAAGUAUUGAGAAACUUUUGUUAUUGACCAAAUACUUAUUUUCCACCAUAAUUUGCAAAUAAAUUCAUUAAAAAUCCUACAAUGUGAUUUUCUGGAUUUUUUUGUCUCAUUUUGUCUGUCAUAGUUGAUGUGUACCUAUGAUGAAAAUUACAGGCCUCUCUCAUCUUUUUAAGUGGGAGAACUUGCACAAUUGGUGGCUGACUAAAUACUUUUUUUCCCCACUGUACUUAUUUCCCUCAUUAAAAUGCAAAUUGAUUUAUAACAUUUUUGACAUGCGUUUUUCUGGAUUUUGUUGUUGUUAUUCUGUCUCUCACUGUUCAAAUAAACCUACCAUUAAGAUUAUAGACUGAUCAUGUCUUUGUCAGUGGGAAAACGUACAAAAUCAGCAGGGGAUCAAAUACUUUUUUCCUCACUGUAAGUCUUGUCUCUCUUCUUGGUCUAUUUAUAAUUGUUUUAUCAUCUUUGACUGAGGUGGUGGAGCUCAACACGUCAACCCUGUUCGCUUAAUUAAUGUUAGGAAAACUUAAAUUUGAUUGAACUUUCAUUAUGUGUAGAACAUAUGUAUAAUAUCUUCCCCUCCCCCCUCCGAAGCAUAGGCUACUGUACUGACGUUAGAAGCAUGAGAAGAUGGGGAGAGAUAUUUUUUUAUUAGCUAGAGAAGAAUGGAUUUACUUUUUCAACGCUAGUUAAGGACACUAUACGCCUAGUUAUCACAUUUCACGUUGGAUUAAUUAACUACAAAAUGGUAGGAUGUGAUAUAAACUAGUACCUUUUUUGGUUCAUAACUUUAUUUUGCUGGUCGGAACAGUGUAAUGGAAUGAAAAAAAUAGUGGUUCUGUUCAGAACUAAACGAUUGGAAACUAAUUUUGGUUCCAACCCUGGGAACGGAAGUGAACAUUUCGCCUGUUGUGGGAACUUACAUUUUUACGUUGCAGAGAGGUUCUGAGAACUUUUUUCUAUGGUUCCCUGAACAUUUUCCUGGGAGGUUUUAUUAACAUUCUGAGAAUGGAAAUUAGAGGUUAUUUACUAACGUUCUGAAAACCCGUUUCAAUAAGACUUUUAAUAACACUGCUAGUUUGGGUUAACUGUUUUGAACUCCAAGGACACAUGGAAAUUAAUUUGCUUAGGCAUUAAUCAUAUAAACACAUUUCUUUUUUGUGGCAUGGCGUCAGUGAGAUUCGAACCUAUGAUCUUCUGUUCUCUAUCCAUGGAAUUUAGCGUGCCAGGUUUUUAACUCAUACAAAGCUGUUCAUUUUAGUCUAUUAAAACACCCUAUUUCAAAGGAAACAAGCACUCAUUAAGAUCACAUUAAGAACACACUUAACAAGAUAGAAGAUGGAGAGAAUUCUGUUGAUGCUGAGAACGGAAUAUAUAUGUUUUUAAAUAACAUUCUUAGAACGUUAAUUGAAAGUUACUAAUGUUUUCUUGUGGUUUUUAUGGAAAGUUUUCUUAAUGUUCUGAGAACAUGACUAAAAAGAACUAUGAGGAAACCUGCAGAAAACGUAAUGCUAAAGUACUGAAAUUCCCAAAGAAGAACAUUGUUUCUUGAAAUUUGUAAUUUGAACGUUCUGAGAACAUGUCUUUAAAUAGAACCAUUAGGAAAUCUACAGAAAACAUUAUGCUGAAGUACUGAAAUUCCCACAGAAGAACGUUGUUUCUUAACGUUAAUUUAAAUAGAACAACAAGGAAACGUAUAGGAAACGUUAUGGGACAGUUGUGUGCAAAAUAACCAUAGGACAACCACACUCUCACCAAGCUCUCAGAAACAUAUGGAUCUCCAAAUGUUAUGUGCUAGCUGGGUGGUCCCAUGCUCUUCACCACAUGAGGAGUAAUGACCUAUCUUCACCCUGUUAUUGUCAAGCCUGUUAUAGGCCCAAGGGUAACUAUAUCAGUUUGAUAUUAUAUGUGAGUUUAUUUGUACAAGGGAUACUUGAUCAACGAGACAAUGUUGAAAGAAUAGAUAUUUAAAAGUGAAUUGCUUAAAAGUUUGCAUGUCCAAAAGGCAUCCAUUUUGUGGAACGACCCAGGUCCCUUAUGUAAUCGGCUUGACUUUUUCUCCCUCCUAACUAGGCCCUUUCUCUAAGAUCACUUCAAGCUCAGGGAUGCAUGAGACGAAGAUGGGAGGGGUUCUUAUACAGGUCAUCACAGGAGACAUCACCAAGGAGACCACUGAUGUCAUCGUCAACUCCUCCAAUAACACCUUCAGUCUCCAGUCAGGUAAAUCUAACCUUACUUCUGGCUCACUUCACUGGAGGUUCCCUGUUUUUCUGUACAUUACACAAUCUUUAACAUAGAAAAUAAUAGGGACUACCUAACCUUACAUUACAGAACAUUAUGGCUACGCUGUAUUUGCUAACUAUAAAGCUCCUCGUACACAAUUUUAUAACCCUGCUGUUCAUCUUAUACUUCCUUCUCCAGGGGUGUCUAAGGCCAUUCUGGAUGUGGCUGGUCAGACUGUGGUAGCGGAAUGCCAACAACUCGGUAAGAACCUCUACAGUUGAAGUCGGAAGUUUACAUACACUUAGGUUGGAGUCAUUAAAACUCGUUUUUCAACCACUCCACAAAUUCCUUGUUAACAAACUAUAGUUUUGGCAAGUCGGUUAGGACAUCUACUUUGUGCAUGACACAAGUAAUUAUUCCAACAAUUGUUUACAGACAGAUUAUUUCACUUAUACUUCAGUGUAUCACAAUACCAGUGGGUCAGAAGUUUACAUACACUAAGUUGACUGUGCCUUUAAACAGCUUGGAAAAUUCCAGAAAAUGAUGUCAUGGCUUUAGAAGCUUCUGAUAGGCUAAUUGACAUCAUUUGAGUCAAUUAGAGGUGGUCCAGUAGAUGUUUUUUAAGGCCUACCUUCAAACUCAGUGCCUCUUUGCUUGACAUCAUGGGAAAAUCAAAAGAAAUCAGCCAAGACCUCAGAAAAAAUAUUGUAGACCUCCACAAGUCUGGUUCAUCCUUGGGAGCAAUUUCCAAACGCCUGAAGGUACCACGUUCAUCUGUACAAACAAUAGUACGCAAGUAUAAACACCAUGGGACCACGCAGCUGUCAUACCGCUCAAGAAGGAGACGCGUUCUGUCUCCUAGAGAUGAACGUACUUAGGUGCGAAAAGUGCAAAUCAAUCCCAAAACAACAGCAAAGGACCUUGUAAAGAUGCUGGAGGAAACAGGUACAAUAGUAUCUAUAACCACAGUAAAACGAGUCCUAUAUCGACAUAAACUGAAAGGCCGCUUAGCAAGGAAGAAGCCACUGCUCCAAAACUGCCAUAAAAAAAAGCCAGACUUCGGUUUGCAACUGCACAUGGGGACAAAGAUCGAGAAAUGUCCUCUGUUCUGAUGAAACAAAAAUAGAACUGUUUGGCCAUAAUGACCAUCGUUAUGUUUGGAGGAAAAAGGGGGGAGGGGGUGCUUGCAAGCCGAAGAACACCAUCCCAACCGUGGCAAAAUGGCUUAAGGACAACAAAGUCAAGGUAUUGGAGUGGCCAUUACAAAGCCCUGACCUCAAUCCUAUAGAAAAUGUGUGAGCAGAAUUGAAAAAGCUUGUGCACGCAAGGAGGCCUACAAACCUGACACAGUUACACCAGCUCUGUCAGGAGGAAUGGGCCAAAAUUCACCCAACUUAUUGUGGGAAGCUUUUGGAAGGCUAACCGAAACGUUUGACCCAAGUUAAACAAUUUAAAGCCAAUGCUACCAAAAACUAAUUGAGUGUAUGUAAACUUCUGACCCACUGGGAAUGUGAUGAAAAAAAUAAAGUGGUGAUCCUAACUGACCUAAGACAGGGAAUUGUUACGAGGAUUAAAUGUCAGGAAUUGUGAAGAACUGAGUUUAAAUGUAUUUGGCUUAGGUGUGUGUAAACUUCAACUGUAAAUCUGAAAGAUUAUGUGAUCAAAAAACAAGACUAUUUUAACGAGCCCCGGCUCGGCUGACUGUCUAGCUCUGACUCCGCCCUUCCAAUCUGUCUCCCUCUAUGUACCUGUCUCCCUAGCCUCUGCUUCCUACUGUCCUGUCAUGAAAAAAAUGAAAUAAUGUUAGGAUUAUAUAUAUAUAUUUGAACAUACAAACUUGCCUCGUGAUAUGUUCCUUGUCCUGGUAUACAAUCAGGAAACUCUCCCUUUAGAAAUGUUCUGAAUCUUUAAAUUCCAAAUACAUAUGGUAUGGGCUCUGCUCUGCCUGCUGAAAUCAAUGUACAGUAAAACAAUCAAUGUAUACAAUGUAUAUUUCCAGGAGCCCAGCCUAACAAAGGAGUGAUACUGACCCAGCCGGGCAACCUGCGAUGUAAGAAGAUCCUCCACAUGGUUGGUCAGACGGACCCAAAGAAGAUCCAGGAGUCGGUCAAAGGAGCACUGCAAAUGUGUGCACAGAAUAACCUCACAUCCAUCUCCUUCCCUGCUCUCGGCACAGGUGAGUUACAAAACAGAACAGGAAUGAAUACUCAGGUACAAGGUUUAGAUAGCUGGCUAGACUACCUUACAGCAAUCUAAAAAUAUUUAGCUGACAUGGGCUACUUGAGUGACUGGCAUAACGUGGAAAACUUCUGAUACACUACCACAUUUCAAAAUUGCACCUUGCGUAUUCUAGUUUUCUAACUGUCAACACUAAGUUGAGACCACGACGGAGUUCCUAAAAAAUCAUGGUUAGAGAUUUCCUUCUUAUUCCUCUCUGAUUCCGGGAAUCUUCCAACCGGGAUUUUGGGAAAAAUCUGGGGAAAGUUAUUGGAAUUUUGCAACCCUAGUGAGAAUCCGUAGGAUUGAAGGAACAUGACUUGACCCGCUUGAAUACUAGCUGUUUGCUUUGUUUUUUUAUCUUUGCCUUCCACUAGACAGUAAAAGCUAACAGGCAUAUUCAGAUUCAGAAAAUCUUUAUUGUCUCAUUGCUGGGCAAUGUCUUGCAGCAAUAUAAUAUAAAUGUUGCAUGUUGUUGAACUUCAUAUCCACACUUGCUAGGUGUGGCAACUAGCCUGUUCUCUCAUUGAAGGUCAGGGUAAUGUACAGGCGGGCCAGGUGGCUGACGCCAUGUUGGAUGCUGUUGUGGAGGUGGUGGGUCAGAAGCCCCAAAACACACUACAGCUGGUCAGGAUGGUCAUCUUCCAGCCUGCCAUGCUCACAGAGUUCCACAAAUCUAUGGUGAAGAAGGAGGGCACAGGCGUUGACACUCAAGAGAAGGGGAGCAUCUGGGGAAAAAUGAAAUGUAAGAGCUACCUUAUUAUUUUGAUAAAGAAAGGAAAGGCCAGCACAUGGUAUAAUGCUGCUCCCCAGUGCUUUCUUCCUGCACCGGGAGAAAGCAUUGUGGAGCAGCAUUAUAUGUUACAAUGUGUUGGCCUUUCUUUACCCCCUUAUAUUUACUGUCACAUAUACCCAAACAAAGUUAACCGUAUUACUAGCUCCCAUUGAUUAAUACCCUAAGAUUUCAUCUAAAUAAUGUACUGUGUCCAAUAUUGGUACAGCAUUGUUCACCUGGCGUAAAGCUGACAUUUCACAAAAGGAUGAGGAUUUUGUCAUCGAGGGCCAGGAAGUACAUCCAGCUUUCUUCCACAUCUGCGGUGGCUCUCAGGCCAGAGUGGACCAAGCCAAGCAUUGGCUCGAGGACCUGAUCCUGAAGGAGCAAGUCAGCAACAGCAUCACCGAUGACGCCAUCCUCAACUUGUCUGACUCCGACCGCAAGCGCAUCCACGACAUGCAGACCACCAUGAGAGUGAGUGUGAGGAUAGAAUACAAUUCUUCCAGGGAGGAAGCUACGCUCACAAUCGAGGGCCUUAGCAAGGAUGUCCUCAACGCAGUCAACGAGAUCCAGGAGAUGCUGAGGAAGGCCAGGGACAAAGAGACCUUCAACAGGAACGUGGAAGUGGCCAGCAACAUAGUGGAGUGGCAGUAUCAGCAGCAGCAGCAGCAGCCAGGGGGGCAGUACCAGAGCUUUGACCCCAUCUCCAACUUCCAUCUGGAGCAGGCGCUGGAGAGGAAGGUGCCCCACGUAGAGGUCUCUGUCCAGGGGCAGAUGUACAAGGUCACCCUGCCUGACGGGCCUGCUACAGAUACCCAUGGCAACAGCCUCAAAAUCAGACGCAUCGACAAAUUUGCAGGUACUCUUCCCUUUGGUAUUGACAAUGCAUAUUUGUGUAUACCAUACAGUGUGAAUUUGUUAUUUUAACCAUACUUACCAAGGGGAUAAGCUAAGUUCCUUAUGUAUUAGUAUUAGAUACUUUGUCUGUUGUUCAUAGAAAUGUGCUUUACAUACAGAAAAUGCACUUUGUUUAGAAAUCCCCAACAAGAAGAUAAACAUUGCAUAGACAUAGCACCAUAUAUAGAAACAAUUAAUGAAGACCUCAGCUUAAGGACAUGAACUUUGUAUUCUGUGCUACUUCCAGCUCAACCCAUUGACAGUCUCCCUCAGCUUUGGGAUGCCAUGCCAGCAAACGCGUCAUGCCAUUCCUGCCUCAUUCAGCCAGGAAGCCCAGAGCACAAUGAAGUCUUAAAAUUGUUCCGAGCCACCUGCGCCAACAACGUUUUAAAGGUACCUGUUGUUCCUGAAGAUACAUCCAUUAUAGUUAUUGUUAUGUCUUGGGAUAUGCUGGGUGUUAUUAGUAUGGGUGUGGGAUGAUUUGUUCAUGUUCACUCGUCUGUUGGUCUCUUGAGAUCACAGGAUGUGCCAUAGGGGUGUGAUGUUUAAACACAUUUUAUUUAAUUAAAAUCACACAACUACCACUAACAGGUCCCAAUCAUCAUCAUAAAGGCAAAAAGAAAACUAAUGCAACAAUGUUGCAAGUAGGAGGAGACAUUGCAUCUAAUUAUUUGCCACAGAUCUAAAGCACUCUGAAUGUCAUCGUUGUUAACAGUUUGAAAAAUGGUAGAGACUGAAGCAGGAAAGUGACAGCUGUGAAGUCUGUAUGGUAAUACUUUGAGAAGUUAAAUGAGAAGGGGAUGAAAUGCAAACUUUGCGAGGUGGAAUUGAGGUACAUUGGCAGUACAGGUGCAGUGCUGAAGGGGAGGCACCGUGAGACCCAACCCAGUGCUGGCAGCAGUGAGAAAAUCACAAUUCUGAUUAGAGAAAUGAUUGUAGUUGAUAUCAAAUCAAAUCAAAUCGUAUUGGCCACAUGCGCCGAAUACAACAGGUGCAGAUAUUACAGUGAAAUGCUUACUUACAGCCCUUAACCAACAGUGCAUUUAUUUUUUAAUAAAAAAGUAAAAUAAAACAACAAAAAAGUGUUGAGAAGAAAAGAGCAGAAGUAAAAUAAAAUAACAGUAGGGAGGCUAUAUAUACAGGGGGGUACCGGUGCAGAGUCAAUGUGCGGGGGCACCGGCUAGUUGAGGUAGUUGAAGUAAUAUGUACAUGUGGGUAGAGUUAAAGUGACUAUGCAUAAAUAAUGAACAGAGUAGCAGCAGCGUAAAAAGAUGGGGUGGGGGGUGGGGGGGCAGUGCAAAUAGUCCGGGUAGCCAUGAUUAGCUGUUCAGAAGUCUUAUGGCUUGGGGGUAGAAGCUGUUGAGAAGUCUUUUGGACCUAGACUUGGCACUCUGGUACCGCUUGCCGUGCGGUAGCAGAGAGAACCGUCUAUGACUAGGGUGGCUGGAGUCUUUGACAAUUUUGAGGGCCUUCCUCUGACACCGCCUGGUAUAGAGGUCCUGGAUGGCAGGAAGCUUGGCCUCAGUGAUGUACUGGGCCGUACACAUUACCCUCUGUAGUGCCUUGCGGUCAGAGGCCGAGCAGUUGCCAUACCAGUCAGGAUGCUCUCGAUGGUGCAGCGCUAUAAUUUUUUGAGGAUCUGAGGACCCAUGCCAAAUCUUUUCAGUCUCCUGAGGGGGAAUAGGCUUUGUCGUGCCCUCUUCACGACUGUCUUGGUGUGUUUGGACCAUGAUAGUUCGUUGGUGAUGUGGACACCAAGGAACUUGAAGCUUUCAACCUGUUCCACUACAGCCCCGUCGAUGAGAAUGGGGGCGUGCUCAGUCCUCUUUUUUUUCCUGUAGUCCACAAUCAUCUCCUUUGUCUUGGUCACGUUGAGGGAGAGGUGGUUAUCCUGACACCACACGGCCAGGUCUCUGACCUCCUCCCUAUAGGCUGUCUCAUCGUUGUCGAUGAUCAGGCCUACCACUGUUGUGUCGUCGGCAAACUUAAUGAUGGUGUUGGAGUCGUGCCUGGCCAUGCAGUCAUGGGUGAACAGGGAGUACAGGAGGGGACUGAGCACGCACCCCUGAGGGGCCCCUGUGUUGAGGAUCAGUGUGGCAGAUGUGUUGUUACCUACCCUUACCACCUGGGGGCGGCCCGUCAGGAUGUCCAGGAUCCAGUUGCAGAGGGAGGUGUUUAGUCCCAGGGUCCUUAGCUUAGUGAUGAGCUUUGAGGGCACUAUGGUGUUGAAUGCUGAGCUGUAGUCAAUGAAUAGCAUUCUCACGUAGGUGUUCCUCUUGUCCAGGUGGGAAAGGGCAGUGUGGAGUGCAAUAGAGAUUGCAUCAUCUGUGGAUCUGUUGGGGCGGUAUGCAAAUUGGAGUGGGUCUAGGGUUUCUGGGAUAAUUGUGUUGAUGUGAGCCAUGACCAGCCUUUCAAAGCACUUCAUGGCUACAGACGUCAGUGCUACGGGUCGGUAGUCAUUUAGGCAGGUUAUCUUAGUGUCCCUGGGCACGGGGACUAUGGUGGUCUGCUUGAAACAUGUUGGUAUUACAGACUCAGUCAGAGACAUGUUGAAAAUGUCAGUGAAGACACUUGCCAGUUGGUCAGCACAUGCUCGGAGUACACGUCCUGGUAAUCCGUCUGGCCCUGCGGCCUUGUGAAUGUUGACCUGUUUAAAAGUCUUACUCACAUCGGCUACGGAGAGGGUGAUCACAUAGUCAUCCGGAACAGCUGGUGCUCUCAUGCAUGCUUCAGUGUUGCUUGCCUCGAAGCGAGCAUAGAAGUGGUUUAGCUCGUUUGGAAGUCUUGUGUCACUGGGCAGCUUGCGGCUGUGCUUCCCUUUGUAGUCUGCAAUAGUUUUCAAGCCCUGCCACAUCCGAUGAGCGUCAGAGCCGGUGUAGUACGAUUCAAUCUUAGUCCUGUUUUGACUCUUUGCCUGUUUGAUGGUUCGUCGGAGGGCAUAGCGGGAUUUCUUAUAAGCGUCCGGGUAAGAGUCCCGCUCCUUGAAAGCGGCAGCUCUACUCUUUAGCUCAGUGCAGAUGUUGCCUGUAAUCCAUGGCUUCUGGUUGGGGUAUGUACGUACGGUCACUGUGGGGAUGACAUCAUCGAUGCACUUAUUGAUGAAGCCAGUGACUGAUGUGGUGUACUCCUCAAUGCUAUCUGAAGAAUCCCGGAACAUGUUCCAGUCUGUGCUAGCAAAACAGUCCUGUAGCUUAGCAUCUGCGUCAUCUGACCACUUUUUUAUUAACCGAGUCACUGGUGCUUCCUGCUUUAGUUUUUGCUUAUAAGCAGGAAUCAGGAGGAUAGAGUUAUGGUCAGAUUUGCCAAAUGGAGGGCGAGGGAGAGCUUUGUAUGCGUGUCUGUGUGUGGAGUAAAGGUGGUCUAGAGUUUUAUUUCCUCUGGUUGCACAUUUAACAUGCUGGUAGAAAUUAGGUAGAACAGAUUUAAGUUUCCCUGCAUUAAAGUCCCCGGCCACUAGGAGCGCUGCCUCUGGAUGAGCGUUUUCCUGUUCACUUAUGGCCUCAUACAGCUCAUUCAGUGCAAUCUUAAUGCCAGCAUUGGUUUGUGGUGGUAAAUAGACAGCUAUGAAAAAUAUAGAUGAAAACUCUCUUGGUAAAUAGUGUGGUCUACAGCUUAUCAUGAGAUACUCUACCUCAGGCGAGCAAAACCUCGAGACUUCCUUAGUAUUUGAUUUUGUGCACCAGCUGUUGUUUACAAAUAUACACAGACCGCCACACCUUGUCUUACCGGAGUCAGCCGUUCUAUCCUGCCGAUGUAGCGUAUAGCCCGCUAGCUGUAUGUUGUCCAUGUCGUCGUUCAGCCACGACUCGGUGAAACAUAAGAUAUUACAGUUUUUAAUGUCCCGUUGGUAGGAUAACCGUAAUCUUAGGUCAUCCAAUUUAUUCUCAAAUGAUUGAACGUUGGCUAAUAGGAUUGAUGGAAGAGGCAGUUUACUCGCUCGCCGUCGGAUCCUUACAAGGCACCCCGACCUACGUCCACGAUAUCUCCGUCUCUUUCUCAUGCGAAUGACGGGGAUUUGGGCCUUGUCGGGUGUCUGUAGGAUAUCCUUUGCGUCCGACUUGUUGAAGAAAAAUGAUUCAUCCAAUACGAGGUGAGUAAUCGCUGUCCUGAUAUCCAGAAGCUCUUUUUGGUUAUAAGAGACGAUGGCAGAAACAUUAUGUACAGAAUAAAUUACAAAUAACGCGGAAAAACACACAUAAUAUUACAAUUGGUUAGAGUGCUGUAAAACGGCAGCCAUCUUCUCCGGCGCCGUUCUCAUUUGUAGCCAUUGUCAAUGGGAGAGGAUGUCGGCAUCAAUACCCUAAUGGAAUAUCUAGAACCAACGGCAUUGCUGAGUGGGUGGAGGACAGUAGGAAGGUGAGUGCUGUCUGGUAGAGGCCUGUACUGUGGUAGAUUGAAGUUCAUUGCCCCCUAGUAGGGGUCACACACAGGACCAUAUCUGAAUUAUGAAUUCAUGUCACUGUAUGAUUGACAAAAAACUUUAAAUGAGAAAAAAUUGUUAUGAAUUGUUUAACAUUUGUCACAUCCCUAAUCUGCCAUAUGAAAUGGUUAGUUUAUUAUAGGCUUUAAUUCUUAGUAUUUGGUUAGGCAGUUGGAAUAACAAUGAAGCCCCAAACAGCUCCGCUAGUCUUCCUGGUAGCUAGCUAUUUAAAAAAAAAAAAAUUUGGCCCACAUUGGCGAUGAAUCAUCUAAAAACUAAGAAUUAUGGAAUGUAUGAAGGACACAUUUUAGAGUCUAUUAAUGGCAGAUUAAUAAUUAUUUUCCCCUGAUUUAUUUCAGAUUGAGAGGAUCCAGAACCCAAGCCUGUGGAGGAACCUCCAGAUCAAGAAGGAUGAAAUGGAGCUCAGGAACGGUCAUAAGAACAACGAGAAGAGGCUCUUCCAUGGAAUGUGCCACACUACCAUCAAUCACAUCAACCACCAUGGCUUCAAUCGGAGCUACGCUGGGAAAAAUGGUAAGAUACACAUACUAGGCUUGUGCCGAUCUGGCCAUACUCGUAUUCGCAAUCGUAUCCUUAAAUUGACAGUUGAUAGUCGGAAAAACAGAAGUGUUUUAAAAUGCCUAAAUAGAGGUUGGCAAUAUACCUUAUCAUGUACCUGUGCGUUUCUAGACCAGGAAAGCUGCAGAUCAGAAGCAGCAGAUGUUUGUGUGUUCUUAACUUGCAGCAGGCAUUCUGAGCGCACAUCAGCGUUCUAUCUUUUUUUCCUACCCUCGCUCCACUUACAUAUUAUGCACAGUGAUAGUUUGUUAGCAAACAUCCUCGCCAUUUGAUUUACCAUAGUAGCAGCAGGCAGUAGCAAUAUAAAUGGAGCAAAACAUGCAAGGUGACUGCUGAAGUGAGUAAACGGAAGUACAGCUGCGCUCUAUCCAAUUGUAUCACUAGGAUCAACCUAAAUGUCUUUACAGACAGCAGAACUAGCCAGUUGAGUUAUUUAGAGCAUGCAGUACCUCUCACACAUGAAAGAGUUGCGUGCUGGCAGUUGAAAAUGACUUAUAUUCUGAUCAUGGAUAAUUACAAAAAAUACUCGUAUCAUAGGGCCUCCCGAGUGGCGCAGCGGUCUAAGGCACUGCAUCGCAGUGCUUGAGGUGUCACUACAGACCCGGGUUUGAUCCCAGGCUGUGUCACAACCGGCCGUGACCGGGAGUCCCAUAGGGCGGCGCACAAUUGUCCGGGUUAGGGGAGGGUUUGGCCGAGGGGGCUUUACUUGGCUCAUCGCACUCUAGCGACUCCUUGUGGCGGGCCGGGCGCCUAAAGGCUGACGUCAGUUGAACAGUGUUUCCUCUGACACAUUGGUGCUUCCGGGUUAAGCGGGAGGGUGUUAAGGAGUGCGGUUUGGCGGGUCAUAUUUCAGAGGACGCAUGACUCGACCUUCACCUCUCCCAAACCCGUUGCAGCGAUGAGACAAGAUCGUAAUUGAAAUUGGGAUAAAAAAAUACAUACUUGGAUCAUAAUCGUAUCAGGAAAAUACCUAAUAUUUUACGAUACUUGUUUCGUUUGAGUGCUCGGCACACCCCUAAUACAUAAACAUGGACAAGAAGCCUGUUCGCAGAUCUGUUUGUGCUAUCUUGCCUACUCCUAUGGUCAUUGGUAAAAGCCACAUGUAAACAUUUUCAUUCUCAUUUACUCAGUCUUGUCUCUGCAAUGGUCUAAAAUCUAAACUAUAAUAUUUUCAGCUGCAAUGUAUGGAAACGGCACAUAUUUUGCUGUUUCUGCCAGCUACUCUGCCAGUAACACAUACUCAAGACCAGAUCCACAAGGACAGAAGUUUAUGUAUCUCUGUCGAGUUCUGACUGGAGAUUUCACAACCGGACGACAGGGGAUGAUAGUGCCUCCAGCUAAAAACACUACAACUGCUCAACUCUAUGACAGCGUGACGGACAACCCAUCAAGGCCAUCCAUGUUCAUUGUAUUCAACGACAUUCAGGCAUAUCCUGAGUACUUGAUCACUUUCCGCUAG